AUAUGAUUUGUAAAACUUUGAUGGCUGUUUGAAACAUGGCGGCCCCUUGGUCGCGUUUAUCUAGGAUUGUUUUUAAGAAAAAUCAAUUACAGUACAAACAAGUUUUAAUUUUUCCGUUUGCAGAUCGGUUUUCUCGAUAUAAGUAUUUUUCUACGAAUCGUCAAAACGGUCCCACUUGCAAUGAUAUUGUUAAACAUGUGUUAACCUACACUGCCCUUUUUUCUGGGCUCAGUUAUAUUUUAUACAAAUGGAAGAACGAUUUUAUGCCAACGGUGAAUGCAAAAUCAAUUAAUCUGGUAGAUAUUAAUCACAACAGAGACAAAUAUAAUUUUAUAGCUGAUGUGGUAGAGAUCUCAGCUCCUUCCGUUGUUUACAUUGAAAUCAAGGACAAUAAAAGGUUUGAUUAUUUUACAGGUAAACCAAUUAGUGUUAGCAAUGGAUCUGGUUUCAUUGUUCAAUCCAAUGGUCUUAUCUUAACAAAUGCCCAUGUGGUUGUUAAUAAACCAAACACAGUUGUUAAGGUACGCCUUCACGAUGGGAACAUCUAUACUGGCAUUGUGGAAGACGUUGAUAUGCACAGUGAUCUUGCCACUGUGAGAAUUAGCAAGACUAAUCUACCAGUAAUGAAACUUGGUAACUCAUCUACUAUCCGACCAGGCGAAUUUGUGGUUGCUAUUGGAUCUCCACUUGCUUUAAGCAAUACGAUAACUAGUGGAGUUAUAAGCAGUGUAAACAGACCAAGCGAAGAGCUUGGUCUUUACAAUAAACAGAUGCGUUACAUUCAAACAGAUGCUGCAAUUACUUUUGGCAAUUCCGGUGGACCGCUGGUCAAUUUGAAUGGCGAAGCGAUUGGUAUAAAUGCAAUGAGAGUAACAGCUGGAAUUUCCUUUGCGAUUCCUAUUGAUUAUGCCAGAGAUUUCUUAAAGGAGGUAGAAAUGCGUAGAAAGAACAGAGGCGCUCAAAAUAUUGUGGACACACCCAAGAACCGGUACCUGGGAGUUACUAUGCUCUCCUUAACGCCUAAUUUACUCUUCGAUCUGCAACAGAGACUCGAAGGAAUUCCCCAUAGCAUUAAACACGGUGUUCUAAUUUGCAAGGUGUUCGUUGGAUCGCCAGCUCAUGUAGGAGGUCUACAACCCGGCGACAUCAUAACACACGUGAACGAUGAGGCCGUGAUAAGUACCGUGAACAUUUAUAAAUCUAUAGAAGCUUCAAAAAUUCUAAAACUGACUAUUGUCCGACAAAUGCAGGUCUUACAUUUAAUGAUUGAACCCGAGGAUACAUGAGAUGAUAAUGUAUCGUUAAUACAGAACGUUGAACUUUGAAA